UAGACAUGGGAACUUGCUAGCAUCGUGCCUCCAUCCUCGUUCUGCUUCUUCCCCACCCAAAUUCUUUAGCAUGCCAAAGCCAAAAGCACGACUUCCGCUGUUAGGCCUAAUGGCCCUUGCUUUAUUUCUACUCCCUGAAACUUGCAGUGCCAGAAGUAGAAACAAGGAUUGCGGAACUUCUCUAUGUGGAAACGUUCCCAUCAGAUACCCUUUCCGAUUAAAAAGCCAACCUCGCAGGUGUGGUGACCAAAAGCUUGAACUGCAGUGUGAGAAUAAUAACCUGACCACUUUGGUCCUGGAGAAGGGGAAAUUCUUUGUGCAAGACAUCUCUUAUGAAAAUUAUCAAAUACGAGUUGUCGAUGCGAGUUUGGGCUGGGAUAAUUGCUCCCUUCCUCUUAGUUCUGUGUCUGUUCGAUUUUCCGAGUGUGGGGCGACAUCGUAUCAACCUGGAUUUUUUGUUUCUGAAUUUAGCACUAUGUUUCUUGUAAAUUGCACAAGACCGAUUAAAUCUUCCAUCUACGUUGAUGCGUCCCGUUGCUCCCCAAUUAAUAGCUCUUCCCAUCCACCUUCCUACUUUUAUUUUUUAGAUCAAGAAACCAAAUCACCAGAUUUCAAUGAAUCUUGCACAGUCAUAGCUCAGGUUCCAAUUAUGCUUAAGAAUAUCAGAGGCUUGUCUACUUCGGAUAUCUACCGAAAGCUUUUACCGGGCUUCGAGAUGUCAUGGAAAGACUACAAUAACACCUGCUACAAAGUUUCAUUUCACGAUAUAUUGGCGGGGUUGGGAUAUGCGUUGAGAACCUAUGUGGACAGCUUUGUAUAUUAUCUUUUCAAUGGCCCCCACGUAUCCUACAAUUCUAUGGAUCCACCUACAAGUACAUAUAUCAUCUGCCUUGAAGCAACAGGAGGAAUUAUCUUACCAAGAAUUUUGCUGGGGAUAUCUUGCUUGGUUGCACUUGUUACGUACAAAUUGCGAAGAAGACAUUUAUCCAUGGAUGAUACUAUUGAAGAGUUCAUUCAAAGUCAACAUAACUUUAUGCCUAUUAGGUACUCUUUCCGUGAAAUAAAAAGAAUGACAAGAGACUUUAGAGAUAAAUUAGGUGAGGGAGGUUAUGGCUCAGUCUUCAAAGCAAAGCUUCGCAGUGGCCAUUUUGUGGCAAUAAAAUUAUUGAAUUCAAAGGCAAAUGGGCAGGACUUCAUUAAUGAAGUUGCAUCUAUUGGUAGAAUUCAUCAUGUUAAUGUGGCAAAACUUAUUGGCUUCUGCGUGGAGGGAUCAAAACAAGCUCUUAUAUACGAAUUCAUGCCAAAUGGAUCUCUUGAUAGAAUAAUAUUUGCAAAAGACAAUAAGAUCACUUUAAGUUGGCAAAAAAUGUUUGAUAUUGCUCUUGGAGUGGCUCGAGGGAUUGAAUACUUGCAUCGAGGAUGUGACAUGCAAAUUCUACAUUUUGAUAUCAAACCACACAAUAUUCUUCUGGAUAAAAACUUUAUCCCAAAAGUUUCAGACUUUGGUCUUGCAAAAUUAUAUUCAGUAGCUGAUAGUGUUGUAUCUCUCACUGCAGCUCGAGGUACAGUAGGAUAUAUGGCUCCUGAAUUGGUCUACCAAAACAUCGGAGGUAUCUCAUAUAAAGCUGAUGUUUAUAGUUUUGGAAUGUUAUUAUUGGAAAUAGUAGGAAAGAGGAAGAAUUUGGAUACAUUUGUUGAACAAUCAAGUCAAAUUUACUUUCCAUCGUGGAUUUAUGACCAAUUUGAUCAAAGAGAUAAUAUAGAGUUCAGAGAGGUAACAGAUGAUGAAAAGAUAAUAGUAAAGAAGAUGGUGAUAACAGCCUUUUGGUGUAUACAAUUGAAGCCUAUCGAUCGUCCUUCAAUGAGUAGAGUAUUGGAGAUGCUUGAAACUGAUAUUGAGUCACUCGAAAUGCCUCCCAAACCUUUUCAAUAUCUUCUUGACACAUCAAGUGAAGGUGAUGUUACUGAGAAUCCAAUAGAUGAAUCUACUGCAUCACUUCAUGUUGCAAAUUUAAGUAUAGCUUAAAUAUAGUGUAAGCUAGUGAACGUUCGUAUUAUUAUAUAUGUUACCUAUGUUGUUUGUAGCCAGAAAAAGGAAGAAAAGUUAAAAAAAUUCUUAUC